AUGCCAGAUCAGAGGAGACUGCCCUUCCCGGAGGAUUCUGUUUCGUACAAAUUGUACAUGAAAGACAAGGGAGUGAAGAAAAGCGAAGAGGGAGAGGAUGAGAUUUUGUUGAAUUCUUCGGUCAUUAAAAAUGCUAAUGGAAGCUCGUAUGUUGAAUACAACGGCGCUAAAGUUAUGGUUGCUUGUAUUGGCCCAAAAGAUCUGGCUAAACGUGAGGAUUUCUCGCUCAGCGGACUGUUGAAGAUAGAACUGUCAUUUUGCGCCUUUGCGUCUCGCACAACUCGACGCGUCCCCUCUAGAACAACGGAAGACGAAAAAGAACAGGCCCAAAUCAUCGAAGAAGCACUCAAGUCGGUGAUCCUGCUCAAACGCUACCCAAAGAGCCAGAUUGACAUGCGAGUUCAAGUGAUCUGCGAAGGGCUGGCGGAAACGACCACAAUGGCCGCCAUUGUCACAGCGUGUGGACUCGCCGCAGCUGAUGCCGGCCUUGAUAUGUACGGCCUCGUCGUGGGAGCGGCGACAAUGGGAACAUUCGCAUCGAUCAUGCCUGAGCUGAACCAAGUGACCGGAAUCCUUUCAGUAGCCGAAAAUAUAGAGGAAGAAAUGAAGGCUGUAAAUAAGCGAGCGCAAGCCCUUUACCCUGCCAUUAUGCAACAUCUGAAACAGAAAGAUGUUUGA